UAGUUACUCCCCUCGUGUCAGUAACUCGAAAAUAGUGUUCCCCAACUAGCUCUACUUUAGUAAGUAAGUAUUUCCUCGAGACACCAUGUACACGUGUAUUUGCUUAAGGAAUUUUCCGUGUUCAAUAGAAAUAGGUAAACGUUGAUAUGGAGUGGGUAGGUUUUCACGAGGGGAAUGUCACUAUAAGUGACUAGUACCUCCACGUAUGUAUAGCCGGCCAUCCCUUACGAAAGGUGGCGCUAGUUGUCUCUUACAAAUGGCGACUCCGGGAGAAGCACGCCGACCGAUUUAACUACAGGGAUCUUCCGCUGAGGAAGUGUAUGGAUAUAGAUAAUUUGUGUUAAAGUGCAGAGGUACACGUUUAGUACAAGACUUUCAGUGGUUUACCAUUUGCAUCUGGAAAGAGAAAAUUAGUAGAAUCGUUAAUCAUAAAAUUGAGCGGAAAUGGGAAACGUAUUAGCCGCUACUGCUACAGCACCUCCACCGCCACUGCCACCGCCGCCGGCACCUCCAGGUCUAAGUAUACCGCCAAAUGUAGGAAAACAAGAUCCAUCCGUAGGACUGUAUUCGUCCACGGAAGGCCUGGAUCGCAUAGAAAAUCCUGGCACAAUCGAAGAUCUUCACAAGAAAUGCAAAGAUGUGUUUCCUGUAAAUUUCGAAGGAGCAAAAUUGAUGGUUAGUAAGGGUCUUAGUAAUCAUUUUCAAAUAUCUCAUACGAUAAAUAUGAGUUCCUGUACUCCGUCGGGAUACAGGUUUGGAGCAACAUACGUGGGUACCAAACAACCAGUACCGACAGAAGCUUAUCCCGUAUUAUUAGGUGACAUUGAUCCGAGCGGAAAUCUGAAUGCUAACGUGAUUCAUCAGUUUGGACAAAGAUUAAGGGGAAAGUUGGCGACUCAGAUACAGAGGAAUAAAUUUACCGCCGUGCAAAUGACAACGGAUUAUCGUGGGGAUGCUUAUACGGUCUCCCUGACUCUAGGCAAUCCAGACGUACUGGACGGUUCUGGUGUGUUUGUGAUGCAUUACCUUCGAAGCAUAACACCAUCUGUCGCGCUUGGCGGUGAACUUGCUUAUCAGCGAGGACCCGGUAUACCAGGAGGUCAGGUUACCGUUGUUUCGGUCGCUGGAAGAUACACGAACGGAGAUUCCACGAUCAGUGGUGGUCUGGGAUUGACCGCUUGUCACUUGUGUUUCCAUCAGAAAGCUAGUCAACAGUUGCAAGUUGGCGUAGAAUUAGAAAUUAAUAACAGAUUACAGGAAUCCACUGGAACUAUUGCUUAUCAAGUCGAUUUACCCAAGGCCGAUUUAGUGUUCAGAGGAAGCGUCGACACUAAUUGGACGGUAGGUGCUGUCUUGGAAAAGAAAUUACAACCAUUACCAUUUUCAUUCGCUCUAAGCGGUAUGAUGAAUCAUAGUAAACAACAGUUUAGACUGGGCUGUGGACUGAUAAUUGGUUAAGGAUAGUAUGGUAGUUUGAUAUCGAUUGCGUAUGUGAUUUAGCCGAACAAUUGAACAAGAGAAACCAUAAGUGUAUUUCGAUGUCUGUGCGGACUCCUCUUACGAAAUU